ACCAUGGAAGAGGCAGUAAAGGACAAUGCUUAAAUCCAAGAAGCAGUAGGAUUGUUAUGCCCACAGCAAUAGUGAAGAAUAGAGCCGAGGCCGACUUCACCAAGCGACAAAGGGCCCCAACCUUCGCCAUUCUCCAAUCGACAAUUCUUCACCGUCUGUUUCACAGUAUGGCAAAACCCAAUUUCAACAACUAUUUGUUGCUAUAAACCCUAAAUCUCUGCUCCCGAUUAAUCCCAUGUCCAUGAAUUCCUCGCAAUUCAAUUCAUACAUAGUGCUUCCAUGGAAUCCGCUAUUCCAAUUGUAAAGAAAGAGCACAAAACCUUCGUUAGACGACGAUUACCGCCAACCCCACCACCCCCACCUUCUCUUUCUUCUUCCUCUUCUGCCCCUCUCAACCCAACUCUAAUCGCAAAGCCGGAAAAGAAAACUCGGGAUUUGCCUAAUUUUUCCGAAUGUCAUGCUUGUGGAUUUCGUAUUGAUGCUGUUGACGGUCAUUCGAGGCUCAAUUCCCUCUACAGCGAGUGGCGGAUUGUUCUUCUUUGUAAGAAGUGUUUCUCUCUUGUCGAAUCUUCCCAGGUUUGUUCUUACUGUUUUGCUGACUCGGGAGGCGAUUCUUUUAAUUGCUGUGAGUGUAACCGUCGGGUUCAUAGAGAAUGUUUUUCUCAGUAUAGUAGAGUUGCUCCUUGGUCGUAUUCCUCUUCGGGUUCUGAGUUUUCUGUUUGUAUUGAUUGUUGGGUUCCUAAACCGAUUGUGACAGCGAGGGCGGUAUUGAGAAGUAGGAAAAUUAGGAGAAAGAAUAUCCAUGUUUCCGAUUUGCGGAGUUCUAAGGUCUCAACUAGCGGAAACUGCAAAUCUUUGAGUGCAAUAGUGAAGGAUGCAAAUUGUUUGGUGGAGAAGAAAGUUGAUGCUGCGGUUAGAGCUAGGGAACAGGCGCUGAAAAAGGCUGCUGUGGCUAGGAGGGCUUCCGCUUUGGCAAGUGAUGCCUUAAAUUUGGUUGCCCAAAGGGAUGAAAGUGCUGCCAAAGAAUCUGGGGACUCUGCUGAGGAUGCAGAGUUGGCAAUUCAGUUGCACCGAGCUAUGAACAGUUCUCCAAGAUUUUCCAAGAAUUUGUGCUCAACGAACUCAAACUACAUGGAUUUUGAGAAUAUGAGGGUGGAUGAUGGCGAGACAUCUGUAGGAGCACUGUUUAGUGGGGAGUUUGAUUUCUUUAAAGCACCCCCAGUUUUGGUAAAUGACAAUAUAUGCAAUUCUCCUGAUAAUACUGCUUCUGAACCUUCAGUCACGGCUAAAGAUCAUGUCUCACCAUUAGAAAUUAAUCAUUUAGAAUCCGCAGGUAAAGAUCCGAUGUGUGUAAAGGGCAAUGUUUGCCCAGUAAAGUGUGAUUCUGAGUCUGUGAAUGUGGAACUGCCUUCAAAAAAAGAAAUGAGGAGCAGCUCAAUUAAAUUGACCAAUGCCGGUUGCAAUCACGACAGGUUAUGCUCUGAAUCUCAACUGUCACUCACACAAGAAAAGUAUGAUCUACCCAGGGAUGAGAGAUGCAUUGCCAAGCCCUAUCACUAUUUCUUUAAGUAUAGGAGGAGAGAUACAACGAAGCGUUACCUCUUGAAGUAUAGCAAGCGAAAUUCAAGAUUGAAGAGAAUGCCUGAUUGCAAUCCUAAAAUUCUUGUUGAUGGAAUGUGCAUGGGUGUUCCAUCAUCCUCUGCAGCAAUUGUAAUUAGUAGUACUGAAAAUUUUCCAGUAAUUUCAAAUGCCUCAUUUGGAUGCUGUGCUGUUCCUCUGCAAGCUUCUGGCCUGGGUGUGAAUGCAGUUCAAGAAGUCAGUAACCAAGGAAGCAGCGAGUGAGCUUAGAGGAUUCCUGAGCAAGUUUCUCAAAAAUAUCGUCGAUGAAACUGUUCAUAAUCCCCAUGUCUUUGCUGGAGAUUCCAAUAUCAGGAUGAACUUGCUUGAGGACUUUGAAGAUGUAGAUCUUGAGCUUUCUCGGCCUUCUUCUCCUCCGCCGCUGGCUUCUUCUCAGCGGGCUUCUUCUCGGCCUUUGGUGCCUUUGCUAGGUUACGAAGGCAUUUGGAACGAAGAUGGAUUUCUUUGAUGUAAACAAAAGUAAGGGGAAACAAGGAUUGCCACGAGAACAUUUGUGCAAAGGGAAAGGGACAAUGUGAAUAUGAAGGCUUGGAGAGAGAAACAUGGGCGAUGUUGUUGUUAGUGCGAGAAAAGUAUUGUGAUACGGGAGUGUAUUUGGUCAAGAAAGCCUUGAGUUUGUACCUUAAUAAAAACAAAAAAAAAUUGUUCGACUUCUUGAUUGGUUUCUAGCUCUUUUGUUAAAAAUAAAAUGCAAUUGCCAAAUUGUUUGAAA